UUUUUUUCUUUCUCUUUCUACUUUGGAUGUCCAUCGCACCUUGUGGCUCAUGGCUGGGAUUCUCACAUGCCUGUGGAAGUAUAGGAAUUACAUUGUGAUAGUCCUUACACCUCUUUUACUUCUUCCUCUGCCCCUAAUCUGCCCAACCUCGGAGGCAAAAUGUGGUUAUGUAAUUAUCCUCAUGGCGCUGUACUGGUGCACGGAGUGUAUCCCUCUGGCUGUGACCGCCCUGCUGCCCGUCAUCCUCUUCCCCAUGAUGGGCAUCAUGGAAUCAAACGAGGUUUGUAUCCAGUACCUGAAAGACUCCAACAUGCUCUUUAUUGGUGGGCUGCUGGUGGCCAUUGCUGUUGAGCAUUGGAACCUGCACCGGAGAAUCGCCCUUCAAGUGCUGCUUAUUGUGGGGGUGAAGCCAUCUCUUCUGAUGAUUGGUUUCAUGGGCACCACAGCCUUCCUGUCCAUGUGGAUCAGUAACACUGCCUCCACAGCCAUGAUGCUGCCCAUCGCCAACGCUGUGCUGCAGCAGCUGUGUGACACAGAGGCCAACGCUGAAGAGAGGGAGUUUAACAUGGCUGCUGCAAAUAAUGGUCUGGAUAACCAGGCAUUUGAGAUGGGUGAUGCCAAAAUGAGCAAAGAACUCCAAUCAAAGGAAAACACCAUCAAUUUGGAUGCAGAUAAAGAUGACAGCAAUGGCAAAAUAUCAAGUCUAGAGGCCCAGCAGCGCAGACUGAAGACUGAGCAGAAGUAUACGAAGCUGACGAAAGGCAUGAGUCUGAGUGUUUGUUACGCUGCCAGCAUCGGUGGGACGGCCACCCUCACCGGAACAACACCCAACGUCAUUAUGAAAGGCCAGAUUGAUGAACUCUUUCCAAAUAAUGGAGGCGUAAUCAACUUUGCAAGCUGGUUCGGCUUCGCCUUCCCCAACAUGGUGCUAAUGCUCGCCUUGUCUUGGUUGUGGCUGCAGUUUAUGUUUCUAGGCUUCAACCUUAAAAGCACAUUUGGAUGUGGCACCAAGAAAGAAGGAGACAGGGAGGCGUUCCAGGUAAUCAAAGAUGAGUACAAAAAGUUGGGCAGGAUGAGCUUCGCUGAGGGUUGUGUGCUGACCAUCUUCACGUUGCUGGUUGUUCUGUGGUUUACCAGGGAACCUGGGUUCAUACCCGGCUGGGCCACUGUGCUCUUCAACAAAGACAAAACGUACGUCACAGACGGCACUGUGGCCAUUUUAAUGUCAGCACUCUUCUUCUGCAUCCCAUCUAAACUGCCAAGAUGCUGCGGGAGGUCAGAGGAUGGGGCCUCUUCUGAAGCCCCUGCAGCUCUGCUUAAUUGGGACGUUGUCCAUGAAAAGAUGCCUUGGAACAUCCUUUUGCUUCUGGGAGGAGGUUUUGCAUUGGCACAUGGAAGUGAGAAAUCUGGACUUUCUUUGUGGCUUGGAGAAAGUCUCAUACCGCUGCAGAGCAUCCCUCCUUUUGCCAUCUCCAUCCUGCUGUGCUUGCUGGUGGCCAUGUUUACUGAAUGUUCCAGCAACACUGCCACCACCACUCUGUUCCUGCCAAUACUGGCCUCAAUGGCCACCGCCAUCAAGAUACACCCACUGUACGUCAUGUUGCCCUGCACCAUCUCUGCCUCGCUGGCUUUCAUGCUGCCCGUAGCCACUCCACCCAACGCCAUCGCCUUCUCCUACGGCAACCUCAAAGUCCUAGACAUGGCCAAAGCUGGAUUCAUUCUGAACAUUCUUGGAGUCAUAACCAUCAACAUUGCCAUUAACACGUGGGGGGUGGCCAUGUUCAAUCUGAAUGAAUUUCCCAGUUGGGCCAAUGUCACCAAAACUCCUUGAAAGUGAACUCAGGAAAAUGGAAACGGGGGAAAAACUGGUGGAUAUGAACAAUGUCUGAGUAUUAGGAUUUCACCACUGGAAGGCAAGUGUAUGGUAUACAUGGUACUUUUAUUAAAAGCUCCAGUAUACUCGGGCCAACGCAGUUUGAUGUUGAGGGCUUCUUCAGACUUAUAUCCUCCCUCAUAUUGUGAGGCUGUUCAGAAACCAACAUGUUUACAAGAAACAUUAAAGUACCUUCUUUUGAGUUAAUGGCAUCUAGAUUAAUACUCUCAUGGACUGUCAUUCAAGCAGAUUUUGACCUGGCAGACCUGAUAUUUAAAAAGUGUUAAUGCAAGCAAAUGCCAGUCUUGUUUGCUGCGAGAAAUGUCAUAUUCUGAGUUGUCUUUGUAUCUGUAAUUAGCAGCGUUACACUAACCUAAAAUAAAACUAUUAAACAAAAAUGUAAACAACAUAACAAAAACUUCAAUAAUUGUAUUUUUCAUUUGCAUACUUAAAUAUCACUGUGUACUACUUAUGAAUAUUUUUGCCUUAUGGCUGUUGUGCCAUGUCUGUCUGAGUUUUGAGAGAACUGUAACUAUCUAUAAUUUCUCAGUUGGUUUCUUAGAGAAAACUAUAAUCAUUGUAUUCCAUUUAGUCAGUCGAACUUAUCAAUGUUGUCUUAAACAACAGAAUAUCCAGAUUCCAAGAAAACCAGUCGGAGCACUAGAUGCUGCCGUUUUUUAGACUGAUACAUUUAUUGAUGGGAUAAAUCUCAUUACCAUCCAUAGGAUUAGGGACACUGGGUACUUUAUUGAUGUAAAGAGAGCCAGAGGACAGAAAGCUUAAUCCCUUCAAAGGGUCAAUGUUGGAGAAAUACAAAAGGAUUGAAGUUAAGAGAAAUCAAUUAUAGGAAACUGAUUAAAAACAUUUCAUUGAAAUUGUUGGCAGGGGUCCACAUAUCUGCUGUAUGUGGAGAGCAAAAAGGAUUUCAAAAUGCUAUAACUACAGUAUACAGAGGUCAAAGGAGUAAGCAAUCAUGAAAUACAAAACAUUUUAGUUUAAUCUAGCAACCAUUAUUUUGGUCCAGACUGAAAGACGACAUCAUUCAAAGGGAAACUAUCAGUCUAUUUGAACUGGUUCUUGCACUAAUGGAAGGUGCUUGUGAUCGGAGGUAAGACAACAUCUUUAUGUCAUGAUAUCUUUGUAUUGUCUUAUUUUAAUCACUUUUGGUCUCUGUCCAAGUUUGUGAUUUGUGAGUUUAAAUAGACAAAGGCUGUAUAAUGCUGCAGUACAUUCUCUCUGCUGGUAGUUCAGGUGUUUCAUUAAUAAUUGGUAUUUGGUUACUGAGAAUGGGCAAGAGGUGUUUUUAGUGAGACGAUGCAUACAAAUCUGCAGUUAUCAUACUCUGGAAAUCUUUAACACCUGACUGUACUGGGCAUCUCUGAAUAUGUUUUUUAAUAAAGAACCUGAAU